AUGAAGCCUCUCACGACGGAUCAACCGAGAGCAUUAGGGCAACAGUCCCAACAGCCUCAGCAAUCCGGCGCCUACACCUGGGCUUUCGACGAGGAGCAGCAGCGCCUACUGCUCGACAUCAACAACAAAGAUAUAUCCACCUCGUCUACGAGCUCGAAUAGUCCUCCCUUCAGCAUGGGAUCGGCCUCAUCACCGUUAGAUGGAAAUCGUCCUCUUACCACCGUACCCUACGGCUCUCAUAUCGUUGGAGCCCACCGUCGCCAGCAUUCGACCAUUAGGCACCCAUCCACUGAUAAUGUCUUCCGACCUCCAGGACACCCAUACGCCGUCCCUACAUCAUUGUCUCCGGGAUCUCUCCAUCCUCAUCUCGCCCGCAGACGACGACUAGUGACACAAAUGGACGCCAUGACAGAAGAUCAGCAUCUCGAUCAUCUCUGGAGCAUGCACGGGGUGACGGGUUCUGCGCAUUUGGGCGCGGGGUUGACUGAUCAGCUUGCCUCGGCUUCUCUUCACAAUGACGAGUGGAUACCAAGUGGGCUCCAGACCCCCACCAUUGACGAGGUCCUUGAUUCGGCAUAUUAUGGUGCCGCUAUCAAUGCGGACCGCUUCACUACCGUCGAUCCGUCUCUUCGGCAAACCUAUGAGGUCCAUAACCCAUUUACAGAGGACUUCUUCCACCAUUUCGGUGAAGAGGAUACGUCUCACUCCCAUGAAGCCGAUAUGGAUCUUGUCGAAGACCAUUUGGACAUUCGGCACGACGAGUCGCCUUUAUCCGAGGAACCUGAACCCAAAGACGCACGUCGGUCGAAAUCCGCGGACUCUGGUAUUACUGCGGGCCGAAACGCCCCCGCCAAGGCUCAAGCACAAGCAGACGACGACAAGGACCACGCCGGCUCUGAUCACGAGCACAAUGACGACGAUGAAAAAGCACAUACAUCAAAACCGUCCUCAAACAACUUCGUAAACAAGUUACAUUUAAUGAUAAGCGACCCAAAGGCUGCCGACUUUAUCUGGUGGACAGAACUUGGGACAAGUUUUGUGGUCUCCAGUGCGGGAGAGUUUAGCCGCUCGAUUCUGGGUCAACAUUUCAAACAUAAUAACUUCUCUAGCUUUGUUAGGCAACUCAAUAUGUAUGGAUUUCACAAAAUCAACCGGACUCCCCGCAACCAACGAGUUCAACCUGAUGCACAGCAAUGGGAGUUUUCGCAUCCCAAAUUCCUGCGUGGGCGCCAAGACCUCUUGGAAGAUAUCAAGCGAAAGCCUGUAGAACCUGAUCCUUCGAGUGCGCGACAAAGAGUGGAAUUACCGUCAGAAGUGGCCGCUAAACUGCGCGAGAUGGCCGUCGCUCACACAGAAGUCGUCAAGGCGCUCCAAGUCGAACGUGGCAAGGUUUUGCAGCUGACAUCAAUUGUCAAAGUGCUCUAUGAUAGAGUGGCACUUUCUGGGCCCUUGCCACCAUUUCCUCUCGACCUUUUGGAAUCCAGGCCACCGUUGAGGGCGUCCGUCAAAUCGGCAGGAAUGGAUCUUGCUGGGAAUAGCCUUGUUCCAUCUGGUCCAUCUACUUCAUCCAGAGCGACUCGCAGUCGAGCUACCGUUGGCCGCACGACAAGACGCGGUCGAUCCGAGGAACAAGACCACGCCGAUGUGACCGAACAGCAUGCAUCUGAGCCGUCUCAUUCCACAAUGCUCAAUGGUCGCAUCAAAUCCGAAUCGAAUAUCUUUGCCCGAUGA